AUGAGGAACUCGGACUUGUUUUUCUUUUUUUUUGUUCUGCUUAAUUGCUUUUUAAAUAUACAACCUUAUGUAUCUAAUGCAACAUCUAAUAUUAUCAAAGAAAAAAAUACAUCGUUUGUCAAAAAAAUAUAUGAUGAUCCAUAUAUUAAGAAGGAUGUAACUCUACAGUUGAAAAAUGCGAAAUACAAUCACAUUAACAAAAAGAUAAGCAAAUCAAAGAAAAAUGUAAAAAAAAAAAGAAGCAUUAGUUUUGUUUCUCUCAACUUAAACAAAAUUUUAGAACUGCAAGAUAAAAAUCCAAUAAAACUUAUAAGCAAUAUCUAUGCAAAGGAUAAAUCAAAAUUUCUAUCCACUUGCUAUGAAAAUAACAAGCUAAACGAUAUUAAUAAUUGUAACAGAUUUACUAUUUCAAAACAAAUUUGUGAUACACCUGUUGAUUUUAAUCUUAAGGAUAAUUUUUUGGUUAAAGAAACGGGUGGCCUAUCUUCUACAUGUCUAGUGGACAAUAAACCUGAAUACUGGAAAAUAUAUAACAAUCAUAUAAUUGUUGAAUCAGGAGAAUAUUUUGAUCUAAAAAUAAGGAAUGAAACAUUUUUAUUACAAACAUCUAUAAUAAUAACAAAAGAUAUAUGUAUGAACAAAACCAAAAUAGAAAGCUCCUAUUUUACAUAUCAAAAUAAUUAUAGCAAAAUUGGUAACCCCAUAUUAUAUAAGGGGGAAGUAAUAGGUAUGGAAAUUAAAAAUAUUAAAGUGAAAGAUGAUGUUGAAGGUUUAUUUAAUGUAUGUUCUUGUUAUUUAGACAAUGAACAUCAUGCUUAUAACAAAUGUUCAGAAACAAAUAAACAUUAUAUACAAAUUUCAAGUAUUCGUAUUAUGAGAAAGAUUGUCCAUAACAUAAAUAUCUUAACAGGAAAGAAAUUACAUAUCAAUCUCCAAAGUUAUGUAACUCCAUAUCCUAUUAAAAGUGCUUUUAUUAUUAAAAAGGUUGAACAUUACAGUUGUAAUAAUAUUAAUAAUAAGUCUUUUAAUGAAAUACAAGAACAUUUUUAUAAUAAUGAAAAAAAAUUGAAAUUUUAUAACAUCUUUUUGUAUGAAACAGAUUUACAAGAAUUUAAAGAAGAUAUCAUUUUUGAAAAUCCAGGAAUGUAUUUGUUAUGUUAUACAUCUAAUGAUAGUCAAAGUGAGUAUUCAGCUGAACUUUCUACUAUUCUUGUUAAUGGUUAUGACAUAAGUAAAAUGAAUUAUUUAUAUUUAGAUUUAUACGAAAAUAAAUUAAAUUUAGGAAAUUCCAUAGUAUUACAUAGAUACAAUUUAAAUGAAAAACUGGAAGAAAUUUUUUUAAAAAAAAAAGAAACAAUUCAAUGUUCAGGUGAAGAUAUAAUUUAUUCAAAUAAUAUUACAGAAACGAAGAGUUAUAAAAGUGAUGAUAAUAGUGAUGAUGAUGUUAUUAUUGAUACUAUAUAUAUAUAUAAUAUAAAUUUAAAUGCAUAUGAUCAAAUAUUAGAAAUUUGUUCUAAAAAAUAUAAUGAAUAUAGUUUAAUUGGAUAUACUACAAUUAAACCAUAUAUUUUACACAACUAUAAAGAUAUUAAUCAUUUAACACAUUUUAAUAUUCCACCUGAUCAUGUAAGAACAUAUGUAGUAGAUAAAAAAUCGAAUAUCUUAACAUUUUUCCCACAACUAUUAAAUAUAUUUAAUCAAAAUGAUAUAAAUGAUAUGUACAUGUCUUUCUCAUGCUAUUCAUCUAAAAAUGAAAUAAUAAUAACAUACAGUUUUGAUAAAAAUAUGACACCAACAUUCUUUAAAUAUUUAAAAAUAUCUGAUGCUUCCAGUUCUAUCUUGUAUAUUACUAACAAAGGAGUAUAUUUAUAUGUUUUAAAAAAAAAAUCCCAAUUAUUAUUUUUGUAUGACAUAACACCAGAAAAAGUAAAAAAAAAAAAAAUCAUUACUAAUAAAAAGAUAAAUGAUGAUUAUUUAGAACUUUUAUUAUCUUAUUAUUUAGAUUAUUAUGAUUUUAGAAAAUGUGAACAAUGUUUAUUUCCUAUUUUAAUGGAACCUAUAUAUGAUGAAAAACAAAAUUUAAAACAUAUUUUCUUAAUAACAUCACACCCACUCAUCAAAUUAUUAAUAGUAGGAUUAGACUUUAAAAUUAUAUACAAGCAUGAUAAUAACGCUGUAAAAAAUCUAGUUACAACAAUUCGGGGAUUCAACUUUACUUCAGAUGUUUUAAAAUACUCAUCUUUUCUUAUAACAGGUAUUUCUUGUGGAAUUUUAAAAAAUGAAUCUUUAGAUUGUUUUCUAAUUGAUCAAUUAAAUAAUACCAUUAUAGCAAUUGAGUACCUUCAAAAACAAAAAAUCAUAAUUCUUAUAGACAGCUUUCAAGGUGAAAAUAAAAAUGAAUUAAAUUAUGAAAGCAUUAAUCUUAACGAUUUUGUAUUUAGUCAAUCAAACAGUUAUUUGCACACACCUAGAAAUGCUAUAGCUUAUUCUUUUGGAGAAUCCUAUGUUAUAUUUGUAAACGAGAAUGAAUCGAACGAAUUAAAUCUAUUAUUUUAUGAUAAAAAUAAAGCAGAUAACAACCUUUCUUACAUAACCAAAAUAAAUAAUACAUACAUAAAUGAUGGUGCAAUCGAAAAUAUAUACAAGUUUUAUGAUCAUAAAGACUUAAUUAAUAGAAAUGUGCUUUUAAUAAUGAAAUAUUAUGAAGGAGAUGUAUAUUUUAUGUAUAUUCCUUUAAGAAAUAUUGCUAAUAAACUUGAAUUAGCAUAUGAUUACCCAGCAGUUAUACAGGAUAAUGGAAAUACAUAUACUAUGAAAAUAAAAUCAGAAGAAAUAAAAAAAAUGAAUGCACUUGUUAAUUUUCAAAUUGAAGUUCAUAAUGUUAAUAAAUCAAAAUAUGUUACAAUAGAUAAAUACGAUGGAACCAUUGAAAUUAAAUUAUCCGAAUUCGUUGGAGAUUCUGUAAAUUUAACUGCUAAACUUCAUGGAUUUUUUUUAGAAUUAAAUGUAAAUAUAACAUUUACAGUUAUUUGCUCAAAUGGAAUGAAAGCAUUAAAUGGAAUAUGUAUCCCAUGUCCAUUAGGUUCAUAUAAUAAUAUUAAUGAAUAUAUAAAAAAUAAUAAUAUAUAUGAAUGUACAUUGUGUCAUAAUAAUUCUACUACUAAAAAUGAAGGAUCCACUUCAAUAUCUCAAUGUUCAUGUUUACCUGGAUACGAAUUAAACAAUAAUGAUUUAUGUGUUCCAUGUAAAAGAGGAACAUGGAAAACUAAACUUUCAAAUAGUCCCUGUAUCUUUUACUGUUACCCUAACUCAUAUAGUUUAGUUCAAGGUAGUCGUAGUGAAGAAGAAAGUAAAUGUAAAUGUAAAAGAGGUUUUUAUUUUGUUUCAAAAGAUUCCAUAAAUUUUUGUGAUAAUUGUAAUAUAGGUUAUUUCUGCCCUGGUGGAUAUAAAAUAGGGGAAAAAAAAUGUCCAAAAAAUACCACCAACAUUACACAACAUAACUUUUCAAUUUCAAGUUGUAAAUGUGAUGUAGGUUUUGAGCCUUUUGAUUCUUCAAACUUAAAUGCUUACAAUUUUAAAAAUGAUCCUAUUUUUAAUGAUUACAAAGAUUUCUUAGACGAUGUAAAAAGUUCUCAAAUAUGUGUUCCAUGCAAAGAAGGAUUUUAUAAAAAUACGGUUUCAGAAGAAAAAUGUAAAAGAUGUUCUGACCAUGUAUAUACCGAUGGUUUACAAUCCACUUCUAUAUCAAAUUGUAAAAAAUGUGAAAAAGGUUAUUAUUUACAGUCUGAAGAUUCAUGUAUAAUAUGUCCAGAUAAUCAUUAUUGUCCUGGAGCAUAUAUUAAUGAUCCAAAAUAUGCGAUUUAUGAAAAUCAAAAAAUCCCUUGUGGUGACAAAAGUUCAACAAUUCCACCAAACAAUUUAAAUGUGUCACAUUUAAACUGCUUGUGUAAAAAAGGAUUUGAGUUCAUAAAAACUGAUGAUAAUGAAUUUGAUUGUUUAGAAGUACCUAAAAAUUAUUAUAAGUCCCACUUAGGAAAUAAAGAAAAGGAACCGUGUCCAGAAAACAGUGUUACUCUCUAUACACAAACUAAAAGCAAAGUGAAAUGUUUAUGUAUGCCAGGAUACUAUUGGGACUUGAAAGAAUUUAAAUGUAUUAAAUGUCCUAAGGGUCAUUAUUGUCCUGGUGGAUAUUUAAAAAAUUGUUUUAAUAAUGAAAAUUUGCAUUCUUGUAAACCUCAAAAAAAGAAAUGUCCUUUAAAAAAUUCAACUACACAAACUGAAGAAUCUUUUAGUCAGUCUAGUUGCCUAUGUGAUAAAGGAUACACUAUAAACAAAGAAGAAUUAAGAGAAUGUAUUCCAUGUCCAAUUAAUACAUAUAAAGAUGUUAUAUCAAAUGCAGAAUGUACCAAGUGCUUAACUCCAUAUACGACAGAUGGACAAAUAGGAAGUACUAAAGAAGAAGAUUGCACAUGUUCAGGGGGAUUUUUUUUUCUUAAUCAUUGUUUACCAUGUAGUGAUAAAAAUACAUAUUGUAAAGGAGGGAAAAUGAUUGUAAACAAUAAAAAUAAAACUAUUCAUUAUGGUCCAUCCAAAUGCCCACCAAAUACAACUGUAUCAUUUGAAACAGAACGACCUUAUAAUAAAGGUUUUUGUGUUUGUCAAAAAGGCUUUAAACAUGUUUAUACUACAAGUGAUUUUACAAAAAUUUGUGCACCAUGUGAACGUGGUUUUUUCAAAACAAUUAUUGGUGAUUUCUCCUGUGAAUCUAAAUGUAAGCCAAAUUCAACUAGUUUUGUUGGGACAAUACAUGAAACACACUGCUUUUGCUUAGAAAAUUAUUAUUUUAAAAAUGGUAUUUGUUUAAAUUGUCCUGAUGGUGCUUAUUGUGAAGGGGGAUUCCAAAAGGAAACUUUAUUAUAUAUGAAAAAAAAUGAAUAUUAUUUGGAUACAUCAAAAAUUAAACACAUAAUGCCUGUUCCUAAAGAAAAUUAUGCACUUUAUAAAUUAAAAACGAAUAUAUACAAUACUGAUUGGUUUAUUGUGGAAUGUCCAAUUAAGGAAGCUUGUUUAUAUAAUGAAAAAUGUCAUGAAUCUAUGACUAAUUUUUUAUGUGGAGAAUGUAAAAAAGGAUAUACAAAUAAUUUUUCUAAAUUAAAUUUAUGUAUAAAAUGCAGUGGACAUAUAAUGAAUAUUUUACAUAUGAUUUUUGUUAGUAUUUUUAUAUUGCUAUUUACUGUUAUCAUGGCAUAUUUAAAUGUUUUUACAGGGGCUAACAGGAAAUCUGUUCAUUCGAUUGUCAUUAAAAUUGCUGUUAAUUAUUUCUCUUGUAUGAAAAUUUUUUAUGUUAUGGGUAUAAGUGAAUUAUAUUUUCCUGUUACUUUUUCAUCACAUGUCAAUUACAUACUUAAAAAUAUUAAAAGAUUAUUAAAAGCAAAAAAAAACUAUGGUUUAUAUUGUAUAUUAACAAAUUAUUUUGAUUUAUCACACGCAGAUGCUUACUUCUAUGGAAUGGUUUAUCAUGCCUUCAGACCCGUGUUUUUGGCAAUUAUCUUAACACUUUUAAUGUUUAUAGUAGUAGAAAUAUAUAAGUAUAAAGUUAGAAAUGAAACAAAUAUAAAAUUAAAUAUAACAGAUAAAAUUAAAGAAUUAGGAAAAGAUAAAUUACACGAAGAAAUAAUGAACGAAUUACCUUCCGAGAGAGCCCUUGUACUAUUUAGAUAUAUUCCUAUACCAGGGGAUUCACGAUUUAAAAGAAUAAAAAAUUUUCUGGAGGAUAUGAUUCCUAUGUAUGUUACAUUAUUAUUUUUUAUUCAUACAAAAACUACCUAUUAUAUGUUAACCUUAUUAGAUUGUAAAGCAUUAUAUUAUAAUGAUAAAUUUGUAGAGCAAUAUAUGAGUUAUGUACCCAGCAUAAAAUGUGAUUUGUCCAAAAGUUAUUCAAAAUUUUUUAUAUUAGGUCUUACAGGAUUAAUAGUAUGGGGGAUUGGAAUUCCACUAAUGUCUUAUUUAGUGUUAUACAAAAAUAGGAAACAAUUACAUUCUGAAAAUAUACUAUUUAAAUAUGGAUUUUUAAAUAAUGGUUUUAAUUUUCAAUUUUGGUAUUGGGAAUCAAUUGUUUUUUUAAGGAAAAUUUUAGUGUUAUUAAUAUCAACUGUUCCUAUAUUUAAAAAUGCUAGAAUAUUUGGCACCACAAUGUGGUUAUUUACGAUAAUUUCUUCCAUUUUUUUAACAUUACAAGUAAUACUUCAACCUUUUGACUCAAGAAAUUACCAUAUUUUAAAUAAAUUAGAAACUUAUAGUAUGGUUGCUUGGACAAUGACUCUAAUCAUAUUUGUAUUUUUAACCAUAUCUAAUACUAAUGUAACCAUAAAUUUUUAUGUUCUAUUAUUUUUAUUAUUUUUUAAUUUUGUAUUUAUAGCUAAAAUUUUAAUAUCUCUUUGUUACUCAUAUAUAGAAAAUUUAAGACAUAUGAAAAAAAUGAUUAAAUUACCAUUUCUGAGAAUUUUUUUCGAGAAAAUGUCAAAAAUAGCUGAAGAAAAGGAUUAUAAGGAUCCAGUUGUUUCGUUAAAUACACAUGAUAAUUCCAUUAAAUUCACAAGAAAAUAUAAAAAAAAAUAUAUUUCUUGUUUAUUUAAAAAUAAUAUGUUAACAACAGAAGAAAAAAAAUAUUUUCUUGAUGUUAUAUCAAAUUUUAUAUAUUUUGGUGUACUGAAUUUAAAUUUUUCAGUUUUUCAUUCAUAUUUCAUGGAGUUUAUGUUACGGUUAUCAAUAAUUGAUAAUGAAAUGCUUUACAGAAAGGGUGGAAAUGGAAUUUUAAAAUUGAUAGCAAAAGAUCCAAAUAACAUAGAUGAAUGGAUAAAGAUUAAGGAACAGGAAAUUAAUAAAAAAACAUUUUUUGAAAGGCAUAAAAAAAUAUUAAAUUUAUUUUCAAAAAGUUUAUUUGUUAUUCAAAAUAAUAUAAAAAGCAUUGUAUAUAAAGGGGAUAAACAUACUAUAAUUUCUGAUUAUGAAGUAUUGAUUAAUGUUUUAAAAUAUGACGAAGAUUUUAUAACUGAUUUCAAAUUUUUAUAUGAUGAUAAUGCAGUUAAAUCAGGAUUAAUACUCUCUGAUUUACAUUUAUCCUUCACUAAAAUUAAAAUGAAAGAUAAAGAAUUAAUUAAACAGUUAUUUUCAUUAUUUAUUGCAAAAAAAAAUAUUGUACAAUUUGAAAGAGAUAUUCAACUUAAAAAUAAAAUAGAGCAACUUACGUCGUUAUAUGAUAUCCUUAUAAAAUCAAGUGAAAAGAAGAAACUUACAUUUAGAAAAAAUGUUGAAGACGCAGUUAAAGGAGAUCCAUUUGAUUAUAAAAUCUUAGAAAAUGAAUUAAAGUCAGUAAAUGAUAGAAUUAAUAAUUUAAUUGAAAACUAUCAGAAGUUAAAAGAUGUUGAUUAUUUUGAAGGUAUGGGUAACAUUGAUGCAGAGAAUAUGGAUUUAAAUAACGAUUCAGAGUUUUUUAAUAAUAAAUUAUUAGAACUAAGUUUUAAAGAAUUAAAGGAUGAUAUUACAGAAAAUGAACAAAAUGAAGAUAUUAGUAAAAAGGAGAAAGAAAAGAUAUAUGAUGAAACAAAUAAUGAUGAUCAGACAAAAUAG